AAGGGAGGAAAACACCCCAGUCCCUGCUGGCUCCUCCUCUGGCCUAGACAGGACUUAAAAACCCAGGGAAAAGAUCCGAGCAGAGAAGCCAGCGAGGGGCCGAGCAGCACCAAGGUCUCUGGCACCAGGGUCUCAGCACUGGGCGCUCAGGGGAGGCCGAGCGCGGGAAGCAGGGCGGCAGCCUCCCAGCCCUCCUGGAGGGUCUGCUCCAUCUCUCCGAGGAUGGGUCUUCAGGGGACUUUCAGCUUCCUCUUAGGGCUCCUGCUUGGCUCUGUGCUCCCGGUGACUUCAGCCCCAGCCACGCCGGAGCUGCGUAACUGCAGCCACAAGGACCAACAGGUCACCAUCAGCCACAACUUGAACAUUGAGGUGAACAAGUCCCCCCUGGUGCAGGUGGAGGUUGACCCGAAGUUGCUCAGUGGUAAUGGGACUUCACUCUUGGCCACGGGGGAGGAGGCAGAGGGACAGAACUUCGUCUUCAGGCACAACAUUCGCCUUCAGACACCGCAGAAGGACUGUGACUUGUCAGAUAGCUUCCAGGAUCUCCUGGCCCGGGUGAAGAAACUGGAGGAAGAGAUGGCAGAGAUGAAGGAGCAGUGUAAUGUCCAGCGCUGCUGCCAAGGGGCCACUGAUCCGAGCCGCCACUGCAGCGGGCACGGCACCUUCUCCCCCGACACCUGCAGCUGCCACUGCGAGCAGGGCUGGGAGGGCGCCGCGUGCGAGCUGCCCACCUGCCCCGGGGCGUGCAGUGGCCACGGGCGCUGCGUGGACGGGCGCUGCCUGUGCGACGAGCCCUACGUGGGCGCCGACUGCGCGUACCCGCCCUGUCCACAGAACUGCAGCGGCCACGGCGUGUGCGUGGGUGGUGUCUGCCACUGCCACGAAGACUUCACCUCAGAGGACUGCAGUGAGCAGCGCUGUCCCGGCGACUGCAGCGGCCACGGCUUCUGUGACACCGGCGAGUGUUACUGCGAGCUGGGCUUCACUGGGCUCGACUGCUCCCAGGUCAUCCCCCCUCAGGGCCUGCAGCUGCUGAAGAGCACCGAGAACUCGCUGCUGGUGGGCUGGGAGCCUUCCAGCGACGUGGACCACUACCUCCUCAGCUACUAUCCCCUGGGGAGCGAGCUCUCCGGGAGGCAGAUCCGGGUGCCCAAGGAGCAGCACACCUAUGAGAUUCCUGACCUGCUGCCUGGGACCAAGUACAUCGUCACCCUGCGCAACGUGAAGAAAGACAUCUCCAGCAGCCCGCAGCACCUGCUCGCCACCACAGAUGUUGCUGUGGUUGGCACUGCCUGGGUGACAGAAGAGACUGAGAACUCCCUUGACGUGGAGUGGGAGAAUCCCCCAACUGAGGUAGACUACUACAAGCUGCAGUAUGGCCCACUAACAGGGCACGAGGUGGCUGAGGUCACUGUACCCAAGAGCCAUGAGCCCAAGAGCCGAUAUGACAUCACUGGUCUGCAGCCUGGGACAGACUACAAGAUCACUGUGGUCCCCAUAAGAGGAGAUCUGGCGGGCACACCGAUUCACCUGAACGGCCGGACAGAAAUUGAUGGCCCAACCAAUGUGGUCACUAAUCAAGUGACAGAAGACACAGCAGUAGUCUCCUGGAAUCCAGUGAAGGCUGAGAUCGACAAAUAUGUGGUGCGCCACAUCUCCCCUGAUGGAGACAGCAAAGAUACCGCAGUCCCCAAGGACCGAAGCAGCACCACCCUGACUGGCCUGAAGCCGGGAGAGGCGUACGAAGUCUAUGUGUGGGCUGAGAGGGGCACCCAGGGAAGCAAGAAAGCUGACGCCAAGGCCCUCACAGAAAUCGAUAGCCCAGCAAAUUUGGUGACUGAUCGGGUAACAGAAAAUACACUCACUGUCUCCUGGGAUCCAGUGGAGGCUGAAAUUGAUAAGUAUAUGGUGCGCUACACCUCUGCCAAUGGAGAGACCAGGGAGAUUCCAGUGGCUAAGGAGCAGACCAGCACUGACCUGACUGGCCUGAGCCCAGGAGUGGAGUACAAAGUCUAUGUGUGGGCCCAGAAGGGGGACCGAGAGAGCAAGAAAGCCAACACUCAGGCCCCCACAGAUAUUGACAGUCCUAAAAAUCUGGUGACUGACCAGGUGACAGAGAAUAUGGUCACUGUCUCCUGGGACCCAGUGCAGGCUCCUAUUGAUAGGUAUAUGGUGAGCUACACUUCUGCUGAUGGAGAGACCAAGGAGGUUCCAGUAGGGAAGGAACAGAGGAGCACCAUCCUGAAAGGUCUGAAGCCAGGCACGGAGUACAAAUUUCAUGUGUGGGCACAGAAGGGGACCCAGGAGAGCAGAAAGGCUGAUGCGCAGGCCCCUACAGACAUUGACAGCCCCAAAAACCUGGUGACUGACCAGGUGACAGAGAACACUGCCACUGUCUCUUGGAAGCCAGUAAAGGCUGACAUUGACAGGUAUGUGGUGCGUUACACCUCCGCGGAUGGAGAGACCAGGGAGGUUCCGGUGAGGAAGGACCGGAACAGGACCAUCCUGACAGGCCUGAAGCCAGGUGUGGAGUACGAGGUCGAUGUGUGGGCCCAGAAGGGGGCCCGGGAGAGCAGGAAAGCCAACACCAAAGCCCCCACAGACAUUGACAGCCCCAAAAACCUGGUGACUGACCAGGUGACAGAGAACACUGCCACUGUCUCGUGGGACCCAGUGGAGGCUGACAUUGACAGGUAUGUGGUGCGCUACACCUCUGCCGACGGAGAGACCAGGGAAUUUCUGGUGGGGAAGGACCAGAGCAGCACCAUCCUGACAGGCCUGAGGCCAGGUGUGGAGUACGAGGUCGAUGUGUGGGCCCAGAAGGGGACCCGGGAGAGCAGGAAGGUCAACUCCAAGGCCCCCACAGAUAUUGACAGCCCCAAAAAUCUGGUAACUGACCAGGUGACUGAGAACACUGCCACUGUCUCGUGGGACCCUGUGGAAGCCGAUAUUGAUCAGUAUGUGGUGCGGUACAUCUCUGCUGAUGGAGAUACCAGGGAGAUUCCGGUGGGGAAAGAGCACCGUAGCACCCUCCUGACAGGCCUGAGGCCAGGUGUGGAGUACAGGGUGGAUGUGUGGGCCCAGAAGGGGACUCAGGAGAGCAGGAAGGUCACCACCAAGGCCCCCACAGACAUUGACAGCCCCAAAAACCUGGUGACUGACCAGGUGACCGAGAACACUGCCACUGUAUCCUGGGAUCCAGUGGAGGCUGAUAUUGAUAGGUAUGUGGUGCGCUACACCUCUGCUGAUGGAGAAACCAAGGAAUUUCUGGUGGGGAAGGAACACAAGAGCACCGUCCUGACAGACCUGAGGCCAGGUGUGGAGUACAAGGUGGACGUGUGGGCCCAGAAGGGAGCCCGGGAGAGCAAGAAGGCCAAUACGGAGGCCCCCACAGAAAUUGAUAGCCCGAAAAACCUGGUAACCAACCAGGUGACAGAGAAUACAGCCACUAUCUCCUGGGACCCGGUGCAGGCCAACAUUGACAGGUAUGUGGUGCGCUACACCUCUGCUGAUGGAGAGAUCAGGGAGAUUCCAGUGAAGAAGGAGAAGACCAGCACUGUCCUGACCGGCCUGAGGCCCGGUGUUGACUACACGGUCCAAGUGUGGGCCCAGAAGGGCAACCGGCAGAGCAAGAAGGCCAAAACCAAGGCCCCCACAGAAAUUGACAGCCCCAAAAACCUGGUGACCAAUCGGGUGACAGAGACUACAGCUACCAUCUCCUGGGACCCGGUGAGAGCUGCCAUAGACAAGUACGUGGUGCGUUAUACGUCUGCGGAUGGAAAGACCAAGGAGAUUCCAGUGCCAAAGGAGCAGAGCAGCACCAUUGUGACGGGCCUGAAGCCCAGCACGGCCUACACGGUGCAAGUAUGGGCGGCGAAAGGGUCCCGGGAGAGCCAGAAGGCCCACACCAAGGCGCUGACAGAACUCGAUCCUCCCACAAACUUUCGUCCAUUUGGUAUAACACAUUCUGGAGGGGUCUUGACCUGGAUGCCCCCCUCCGCUCAGAUUGAUGGCUACAUCCUCACCUACCAGUUCCCCAAUGGUACCCUGAAGGAGGUGAAGCUUGGAAGAGGCCAAGAGAGGUUUGAGUUGCAAGGCCUUUCACAGGGCAUCACCUACCCUGCUUCCCUGGUUGCUUUUAAGGGUGAUCAGCAGAGCAGGAGUGUAUCCACCUCCCUUUCCACAGUGGAUGCCCGUUUUCCACACCCCUCGGAUUGCAGUCAAGUUCAGCAGAACAGCGAUGCCGCCAGUGGGCUCUACACCAUCUACCUGAACGGUGAUGUCAGCCGGCCCCUGGAGGUGUACUGUGACAUGGACACGGAUGGAGGCGGCUGGAUUGUCUUCCAGAGACGGAACACCGGGCAGCUGGAUUUCUUCAAGCGUUGGCGGAGCUAUGUGGAAGGCUUUGGGGACCUUAAGCAGGAAUUCUGGCUUGGACUGGACAAGCUACACAAUCUCACUAGCAGCACUCCUACCCGGUAUGAGGUCAGAGUGGAUUUACAGACUUCCAAUGAAUCUGCCUAUGCUGUGUAUGAUUUUUUCCAAGUGGCUUCCCCCAAGGAGCGAUAUAAGCUAACAGUUGGGAAAUACAGAGGCACAGCAGGGGACGCUCUUACAUACCACAAUGGAUGGAAGUUUACGACUUUUGACAGAGACAAUGACAUCGCCCUCAGCAACUGUGCCCUGACGCAUCACGGGGGCUGGUGGUACAAGAACUGCCAUUUGGCCAACCCCAAUGGCAAAUACGGGGAGACCAAGCACAGUGAGGGAGUGAACUGGAAGCCAUGGAAAGGACAUGAAUUCUCCAUCCCUUAUGUGGAAAUGAAAAUUCGCCCUCAUGGCUACGGCAGUGAGCGUUUCCGCGGCAGAAAGAAGCGGACUUUGGGAGGAAAGCCAAGAAUGUUCUGAUGGCCUGUCCAACAAUCUUUGCAGGAGACGAGACCAGUUGGAGUCAGGGGUGCGAAAGUUUGGGGCCGGUGGGUGGCGGCGGCUGGGGAACGGAAGGUUGGAGGAUGCUCAGAGCCUCUGGUUUCUGAGAUUGCUGGGUAACCCACAGAACGAGUGAGGUCAGCGCGCUUCAAAUCCCACAGGGUCCUUCCCUGUCACCUGCAGUUUUGCCCAUCACCGCUGGGGGGCCAGCGAGUCAGCACCGUCCUAGUUGUAGUCUGUAGGGUGAACAGACCGUUUUGGAACGUCAAGAUUUUUUCGGCCCAUUUUUGGUACCAGAUAUACUGGAUUAGGAUAGAAAAGUGAAUCUUCCAGGACCUCACGGAUUGGCAGACUCUAGGAACUGGUGCACACAUAUGCAUUUAAAAUCUCUGCUAAUACAAAUCUUUCUAGAAAGGCACCAGACAGAGGUUCCAGCUGCAGAGUCAGGGCUAGGAUGACUUGUUGAAUGUUGCCUCCCAUUCCCUGUGGGUUUUCAGGGAGAAAGUGUAAAUCCCACUCCCUUUUAAUUGCUGGUGUUAUGAGGAAGAACAGAGAGAGUAAAAAGGGGCCAACAUGUGCUUACAUUUAGCUGGGUUCUGACAGUCUCCAGCAUGCUGGAAACCAAAGCUCCAUUUUACUGCUAUUUUUAACAGUCCCCUUAGAUCCAUUUGCAUAAUCAUCUUCACAGAUCUGCAUACGUUGUAAAUAAAGUCUCACUCAUUUCAGUUUAAACAAUUUGACUGUUUGAAACACUAGUUUCUCCCCAAGACUCUCCCCUGACUCUCUUUCACCCCUAGCAGGCCCUCAGCCUCCCUCUUUUCCGGGCUCCCCACACUGCUGGACCCGAGUUUCCAGGCAGUGGGGCACUGAGAGGCUUAGUCUUUGACUGGAUGCUGGGCAAGUCAGAUCCUUUUUCUUAUUUCUUAUCAUUUUGGAAGGUUUUCUGUAGCCAACUCAGUGACCGUUAAAGUAACUUAAAUUCCUAUUCAAGAAAAUAAAACACUUGGUUAAAAAAAGAAAGAAAAAUCUCUUGCCUUGUGUUAUUUUCCCCACAUAAGUGCACUUGAAUUCUAAGUUUAACCUAAGCACAAGUGAAGUACAGUUUGUGUGCUCGUGGAAUCCGGUGGGCUCUGGUCUCCCCGCUGUGUGAUGGCGAAUGGGGACAUCUGAAGAGCAGAAGAGGUGCGUGAGCAGGAAGGACGGUGAAUGUUCUAGAAGCCCUUGAGCCCUGCCAGGCUGGGGUGUAGGGCAUUGUCUAGCUUUCACCAGGUUUUAGCCUCUGGGGAAAUGCCAAGCCAUAUUCCUACAAGCAGUUUGGUCUCCCUGUUACAUUUUCAGUGUGCUUCUCUCUCCCUUUCCCAAGACUUCCCAGACCGACACAAUCAACGAGGCCACUGCGGCUGCUG